GGGCCAUGUCGACGUCGGCGGCGGCGCAGCAGAAGAUGGCGGCGGCGGAGCAGCAGCAGGAGGAGGGGGAGCACGGGCCGUUCCCCAUCGAGCAGCUGCAGGCAUCUGGAAUAGCUGCCCUGGAUGUGAAGAAGCUCAAAGAUGCUGGUCUGCACACAGUGGAGUCUGUAUCUUAUACUCCAAGGAAAGAUCUUUUGCAAAUCAAAGGAAUUAGUGAAGCCAAAGUUGACAAGAUAAUUGAAGCGGCAUCAAAGCUAGUCCCGUUGGGAUUUACAAGUGCCAGCCAACUUCAUGCACAAAGGCUGGAGAUUAUCCAAGUGACAACUGGAUCUAGAGAGCUUGAUAAGAUUUUGGAGGGUGGAAUAGAAACCGGGUCUAUCACAGAGAUUUAUGGUGAAUUCCGCUCAGGGAAGACUCAGCUGUGCCACACGCUAUGUGUCACAUGUCAGCUUCCAUUGGAUCAAGGUGGUGGUGAAGGGAAGGCUCUGUACAUUGAUGCAGAGGGAACAUUCAGACCACAAAGGCUCCUCCAGAUAGCUGACAGGUUUGGAUUGAACGGUGCUGAUGUAUUAGAGAAUGUGGCUUAUGCUAGAGCUUAUAACACUGAUCAUCAAUCCAGACUCUUGCUGGAGGCAGCUUCCAUGAUGAUAGAGACUAGGUUUGCUCUCAUGAUUGUAGACAGUGCCACAGCUUUAUACAGAACUGAUUUCUCAGGUCGAGGGGAGCUAUCAGCGAGGCAAAUGCAUAUGGCUAAGUUUCUGAGGAGCCUCCAGAAGUUAGCAGAUGAGUUUGGAGUGGCUGUGGUUAUCACCAAUCAAGUUGUGGCACAAGUGGAUGGUUCUGCAAUGUUUGCUGGGCCACAGAUCAAACCCAUCGGUGGAAACAUCAUGGCUCAUGCUUCCACAACAAGGCUUGCUCUUCGCAAGGGAAGAGGGGAGGAGCGAAUCUGUAAAGUAGUAAGCUCUCCAUGCUUGGCUGAAGCCGAAGCAAGGUUUCAGGUAGCUUCUGAAGGUGUUGCAGAUGUCAAGGAUUGAGACAAUGUCUGCUCGUUGCUAACUGGCAACAGCUUCUCACAUGGGCUUCUGUCCCGCGGCUUGCCAUAUCACCCCCAAAAGGGUUCAGCUGAUAUGUUGCUCCUUUUCCGACAACCACUUAUUGUCAUAUAGAUAGGAGCAUAGGGAGUGCACAUUUGUGUGACUGUUGUAGUGUUGUACAAAACGAUGUCUGACUUGCAAUGCAUGUAAUGUGACUUUGGCUAUUGAUUGAAUCAAUUCAAGUUAUUUUCUCUGAG